AGGAUUUUGCGGAAGCACAAUUAAAAAAAUAUGGCUGGUCUCGAGGUCAAGGUUUAGGAAAGAAUUCUGAGGGAAUAAAAGAACCCAUAACAGUAAUAAAAAAAAAUGAUAAGUGCGGGCUCGGUGAUAAUUCAAAAGACUGGUCUUUUGAAUGGUGGGAUCAUGUUUAUAACAAGACUUUAAACAAUAUAAAAGUAUCAACAACUUUGGAUGGGGAAGUAAAUGUGACCAAAGUUUCUAAAGAGGCAAUAAUUCCAAAGAAUCGUGUUGGGAUCAUUAGUACCGAGGAAUCAAUGUAUUCUCUUACUCUUUCCCCAACAUUCUUGAAUGGUUCGACGGAAAAUGAUAAAGCGAUCUCUUCAUCAACAUCUGUUACUAGGCAUCCAUUUUUGUAUGAUAAUUUUGUCAAGAGCUUGACUGGAUCAUUAGAUAUGAAUAAAAUAAACAAGAAAUCUACAAAACGGAAGAUAUCUAAUAGAAAUAAUGACUCGAAUGAGGGCAACAGGCAUCAGAUUGAAGACUUACAAGGCAUAAUUAAUAUAAAGCCUAACACCGAACGGAAAA